CUCUCUCUUUGCAUCUAUACCAAACUGGAAACACCUUUUCAACAAAUCUCAGAAAUCAACUAUUUGAGUUCCUCGAGCUUAGAUAUAUUGGAGAAGAAAACCUUCAAACUCUUUCUCAGAUUAAUCAAAGCACAUUCACAGGCUUCCUUUUGAUUUUCAAAUCUUUUCAGCUUCAGCUAUCUUACUUUCAUCUUUGGGAGAGUCUUUCUUUAAUCAGCGGAAAGUUAAUGCGGCUUUCGAUCGUUUAUAGUCAUCCGGAUAAACAGCUCAAUGUUACCUUAUGCCCUGCUGAAUUCCUUGUUCCUCCCCUGAAACCGCUUUUGUCCUUAAACCGAGAUCUUUCGCUGUAUGUUUUGGAAAACAUGUAUCUUGGCUUAACGGCAUCGACGGGAUCCAUUAGAGCACUCCAUUAUAUGGUAUUGUUGCACACUUUUCCUGGAGCAGCCUAUCUACCGUUGGAGUUCGGCAGAGUCCCUAUCCUUCCUCCAUAUCCCAAGAAAUCGUCUGACAGAUUAAGGACGAUUUUGGCGGUCUGCUUAACGCUGGCCGUGUUUGCUGUGUUUGUUGUCUCGGGGAUCGGUUUCAUCUUCUAUUUGAGGCAUAAGAAGGUUAAGGAGGUUCUUGAGGAAUGGGAGAUUCAAUAUGGACCUCAUAGCUUUGGGAACAUUUUCUAUGCGGCAGAGGGAAGUACACGUCAAGAACAAAACAGGGGAGAGAUUGAGCUGGUUUUGAAGCUAGGGGUGUUGUGUGCGCAUCAAUCUGAAUCAAUAAGACCGGAUAUGAGUGUGGUUAUGCGGAUCUUGAAUGGUGUUGUGCAGCUUCCAGAUAAUCUUCUUGAUGUAGUAAGAGAUGAGAUAUUGAAAGGACGUCCUGAGACAUCAAUGGAAAUACUAUUUGAUGUGAAUUCAAUUGCUACAUUGACGUUUACAAAUUCUUUCAUCUCCCAUGGGAGAUGAAACCCGAAAGAAGAAUCUUACACACUAAACAGAGUUUUUUAUGCACAUGUAUCUUCAUCAGUCUAUAAAUUCAAUAGCUUGCU